CUCCCCGGUGUUAUUUCUCCCGCCGAAAAUCUCCAAAACGACGCCGUUCCUCUCCUCGCUGAUUCUCUGCUUCUCAUUUCCAGCUUGGUAAAGGAAGAUAUGCUGAAACAGGUGUUUGGGAAGGUGUGGAACAAAGGGGCUUACGCUUGCGGCGACAGAAUCAGGCCUUGCUUGUAUGUGCCCACUAGCGGUUUCCACAAUUCGCAGGUUCAUCGUGCGCCGAGAAGUUUUUUUGGGGUAGAGGAUUUCGUUGAUGAUAACAAUAGUCGGCCGUACACUUAUCAGAAGGAAAAGAAGUCCAAAAAUCCACAGAAGCACGUAUCAUUUAAGCAGCGCACCAUAGCCUACUUAGAGCCAUUUACACUUGAUGUGUUCAUCUCAAAACGGUUUGUGUCAGCCUCUAUCACCCACAGGGUAACAUGCAAGCAGGUUGCAGUUGCUGGAACCAACUCCAAAGACAUAAAAGCUGCACUCAAGUCCCGUUGCGAUAUACCUGCCUGUAUAGCCAUUGGCCAAAUUUUAGCAGAUAGGGCAAGAGAAGCGGAUGUCUAUACCGCGUCAUAUACUCCAAGGGACAGAGACAAGUUUGAAGGGAAGAUUAGGGCAGUUGUCCAAUCCCUCAUUGAUAGUGGGAUUGAUGUUAAAAUUUAUUUGGACUAAGUUGGUUUUCUUCUUUGCUUUGGAUUAGGUUUCUUUGGACCCUUUUGUGUGGUUUUGUAUGCAACUCUUAUGUGAG